CUGCAAAGUCGGCAGUUUGCCAUACUAUCGAAAUGAGUUCCAAAUAUAUCGAAUUGCUGAAGGUUCUGUAUUCAAAGAACCUAAACUUCAAAGUGAAGAUGGGACUGGAGAAUAUGAUCGUCUUCAACCAGAAAUUGGGCAAUCCCGCUGGACAGAUUACCACAAUCCAUGUUACGGGAACCAAUGGCAAGGGAUCAGUUGUCCACAAGAUCGCGAAGGCGUUGCAAGCAUCCGGGUACAAGACAGGCAUGUAUGUUUCUCCCCACAUCUCCAGCUUCCGCGAGAGAAUCACUAUCAAUGGGGAAAUGAUUUCGGAGGAUGAUGUUGUGAAGUAUCUGGACCGCAUCAACCAGAUCGAGCCUUCCCUUCCGACCUCUCUUACUUUUUUCGAGAGUGUGACCGGGAUGGCGUUCGACUAUUUCAAAGAAAAGCAAGUGGACGUGGCUGUGGUGGAAGUGGGGCUGGGUGGUCGUCUGGACUCUACCAACAUCAUCACUCCCGAGCUGAGCGUCAUUACGUCGAUUGGACUCGAUCAUCAAGGAAUUCUGGGAAACACCAUUACCGACAUUGCUCGAGAGAAAGCGGGCAUCAUCAAGGAUGGCGUUCCCGUGGUUGUGGGGCCGAACUGCCCGCACCAGCAAAUCUACUCCAUCGCUGGAAGCCAUCACUCUCUCUAUGUCCCCGUCGUCGUAGAAGACUACCAGCAUCAAACGUAUGACGUCAUCAACACGGCGAUCGCUCGCCAGGCGCUCAAAACGCUCAACGAAACCUCCCGCGGAAAGUUCCAAAUCCCCGCGGAUAUCAUCGAGUCGGCGACGACCACCCGCCCAAUCUGCCGUUUCGAGGAAUUCGAUCUUCGGAACUCGCGCGGUGAGUCGAUUCGCGUCGUUUUGGACGUUUGUCACAACCAGCCCGGAUUUGACGCGAUGUGGGCGACGAUGGCGAAGGUAUACGGAAAUCGAACGCUGCGCGUAGGGGGUUGGUGA